AUGGGAGACGUCAAACGCAAGCAGGGACCCGGCGGUGACAGAGGAUCAGGACCCAAGAGGAGCAAGGGUGGCGGUGGUGGUAAAUGGAGAACUCCACACCAGCAAGCCAAGUUAGGUGAGAGGACAGCGAUGGGGAAGACUCUCGAGAUUGGGGAUCAGGGGAUGUGGGUUACGUUUGCGAGGGGUAUGAAGGGCAAGGCUAUUCGAGAAUUGAAUGAAUUGUGUGAGGAGUAUGGAGAGAAACUCUACGGUAUAAAGAGGACAAGCGGUGAUGACGAUGCUGCUGUCGAUGAAGAUGAAGGUGGAGAAGGUGGAGGAGGAGGCGACAUCGAGGCCUCCAUCGCCAGAGAGAUGGACGAGAUGAAGAGGGAGAAGGAGAAGCCCAAGACGCGCAAGAUAUUCACAAUCAUCCCCGCGGACGUCGAGUGCCUCCUCUUCGUCAAGACCAUGGCGCCCGUCGACCCGAAGCACCUCGUCAGGGAGAUCUGUCGCGACGCCGGGGCCUGCAGGGACAUUCUCAAGCGGAAGACGAGGUACAUCAACCGGUUGACGCCGGUGGAGAAGAUGGACAAGGCAUCGGAGAACGGCAUCCUCAAGGUUGCCAGGGCGGUCAUUGGUGAUCACCUUGGGCUGGUGGAGGGCGACGACGCCGCUUCCGAUGCUGAUUCUACCGCUGCGGCCAAGACUCGUCAUGAUGGCGAAGCUUAUACGUACGCCAUUCGUCCUACAGCCCGUAAUCACUCGACUUUCAAGUCGGGUGACAUAAUCAAAAAGAUUGCUGGGCUGGUGAAGCCUGAACACAAGGUUAAUCUGGGAAAGCCGGACAAGGUUAUCAUUGUGGAGAUUUAUCAGAUGUUUUGCGGAGUAUCAGUCGUCGAGGGUGAUGAGUGGGAGUCGUUCAAGAGGUUCAAUGUCAAUGAACUCUACAGGAUUGCGUCGGAAGAGGCCAAUAGAGAGGACAAGUCAGUGGGAAAGUCAGUGGAAAAGUCAGCGGACGAGGAGGUCAACGGCAAGGUGUUGGAUGGCGAGUCCACCUAA